AUGGGCGUCCUGAUGUCCCGCGUGAUGGCCGCGUUCGGCGACAAGGAGGCUCGCAUCCUCGUCCUCGGCCUGGAUAACGCGGGGAAAACCACGAUCCUGUACCGCCUGCAGGUGGGCGCGGUGGUCUCGACGAUCCCCACCAUCGGCUUCAACGUGGAGACGGUGACUUUCAAGAAUGUCAAGUUUCAGGUUUGGGAUCUGGGCGGGCAGACCUCCAUACGGCCGUACUGGCGGUGCUAUUACCCGAACACGACGGCGAUAGUGUACGUGGUGGAUAGCUGCGAUAAGGAGCGGAUACCCACCAGUAAGGAGGAGCUGCAGGGUAUACUGGAGGAGGACGAGCUGCGCAACUGCAUCAUCAUGAUUUUUGCCAACAAGCAGGACCUGCCCGAGGCGGCCACGGAGGUUGAGAUCACGGAGGGUCUGGGACUGAACGGAGUCAAGGACAGGCAGUGGGCCAUAUUCAAAACGUCCGCGCUCAAGGGAGAGGGGUUGUGGGAGGGGAUGGAGUGGCUCAGCCAGCAGCUGAAGGCUCGCGAGGGCAAGUCCUCGUUCUGGAGCAUGUUCGGUUACUGA